AUGGAAAACGGCAACAUCCAUAACGAUCAAUUAUCAGCCUCAUCGCAAUUUUUUGCUCACGGCGUCACCCGAGGUAGAUUAAAUCUUCUGUCAUCCCCGGGAGCCUGGGUGUGCCGUACGGUCGAUCGUUAUCAGUGGCUCCAAGUGGACCUACGCAGUCAGGACAUAAGCGUGACAGGCCUGGCUACACAAGGAAGGAAUGAUUGGAAUCAGUGGGUGAUUCAGUACAACGUACAGUACAGUUAUGAUGGAGAUGAUUUUAAGUACUACACGGAAAACGGGCAAUCGCCCAAGGUGUGGCAAAACUGUCGAAUGUUGUCUAUGAAUGUAAAUUGUCCUUCAUCGGGCCUCUUCGCUUGAGCCCAAUAACCGAGUAGUGCGUUUAGUGAGACAAUCUUUGUCACCUGUCCUUACAGUAAAAUUUAAAACGGGUUAGUAGGUUAAGUUUUGCGCCCGAUUUCUUUUCUGAUAAGGAAAAAUUUCAGCGUCAUUACCGAUAUAGGAAGGACACUAUCUUUUAAGUUUCAUCCCUUGUAAACGGAGUGACGUGAUUAUAAUGAUACAAAAAUUUUCAGCUUGGUUACCAAUAUGUCGGUUGCUUAAAACAAGAUCUCCAUAAAGGCGUCAGAACGUCUCAAUUUAUACAAAGGAAAGAUUAUCGAGGUGAGAUAUGUUAGAAACCAAACGAGCGAGCCUGAUUAACCAGGUUCCUAUGCUACGUUCUGACGAGGGACCAACGCUCGAUACAUCAGCUUACGAAAAUUUUACGGAGGCCAAUUUAAAUUAUCACUCCUGUGGAUAAACCAAAUUAUCUUUUUAUAACCCCCACCGACGCAGCGCCACAGUUUUUUUAUCCUAUGAACAAGCCCUUGGUUUUCAGCUAUCUUACCUCCAAUCUCUGUACUUCAAAGGCUUCCCCACCUCUCAAUUUUAUUUUUGACGGUUAAGAAAAAAAACAGCAACAAUUCCGGCUACCUUUUCAGAAAGUCCUUAUUACGACUUUGCCUCGCUGCCAACACAUUCGUAAUUUAUUCAGUCGAUGAAACACAGUUAAAACUAGUUUUCUCAGUGUACAUUUCUCUCCUAAUUCUCGUUAACGCUCUACAUUCGUCUUGUAAAAUCUCAAAUCUUUGGAACUUAAGUUGAAGAAGUAGUAAAGUUUAACAUGACCUAGGAGAGGAGAUUUCAACUUUUAUUACAGAUUUCUUGCUUCAGUUCAGUUUAAUUAUACUGCACUUUCAUUUAACAAUUAUUCUAUUGUUUUAGGAAUUUUCUGGAAAUGUGGACCGUAAUACAGUUGUUUAUCAUGACCUAGUUCCACCAAUUAAAGCGCGGUACAUCCGUUUCCGACCCUCCGUCUGGCGUGACCGUGUGUCAAUGAGAGUGGAACUUUACACCUGUAUCGAAGGUACCACCUGA